AGAUCCAGCAAAGCAGCAUUUUUUGAUCAGCAUUUUUCCUUGUAUCCCGAAAACUCAAAGGCAGCCAUGAGUCUCUCACAGAAAGACAAGAACGUGGUGAAGGGCUUCUGGGCCAAAGUCGAGUCCAAGAGCGCCGAGAUGGGUGGAGAAGCUCUGGGCAGGAUGCUCACGGCGUAUCCGAUGACUAAGACCUACUUUUCUCACUGGGGCGAUCUGAGCCCUAAUGCUCCGCAGGUGAAGAAGCAUGGUGCAGUCAUCAUGGCAGCUGUGGGAAAAGCUGUCAAAAACAUUGAUGAUCUCACCAGCCACCUUAGCAAGCUCAGUGAGCUGCAUGCCUUCCAGCUCCGCGUGGAUCCUGCCAAUUUCAAGAUCCUCGCCCACAACAUCAUCUUGGUCCUGGGCAUGUACUUCCCCGCGGACUUCACUCCGGAGGUUCACGUCUCCGUUGAGAAGUUCUUCCAGAACGUCGCCUGGGCUCUGUCCGAGAGAUACCGCUAAGCUUCAACAAGACAGAAGCUCCCAGCGUUCGGCAUGUCACGCCUGAAUGUCAGCAACCCUCUUCAUAUGUUGGGGCUUGUUCAAUAAAAAAUCACAAACAUA